GUAAACCCUAAUGUUGUUAACCCUAAUUUCUCCUUUUUUGCAGGAUGCUUGCUUUGGUGUGGUUCGGCGGCAACUAGAGCAUUCUGAAGACGAAAUCUUAACUUUUCUUCUCCAAUGUUCAGAGCAAUUGCCUCACAAGAUUCCUCUAUAUGGGACGGUGAUUGGGUUAUUGAACUUGGAAAAUGAAGAGCUCGUCAAGAAAAUAUUGGAGAGUACUCAAAAGAGUUUGCAGGAUGCACUUGACACUGGAGAUUGUAAUAAGAUCCGUGUAUUAAUGCGGUUUCUAACUGUUUUGCAUCAUCUUUCUUCUCUGCUUGCUUCCACGGAUGUGGAUGUGGUUGAAGCCUGUCUGCAAACUUUGGCAGCAUUCUUGAAGAAAUCGACUGGGAAGUGAUUAAAGAGUAUAAAGUGCCCCGUAGUUUAAGGUUCUCCCUUUUGACAAGAUUGCGUUUUGCAAGAGGGUUUGGCUCCUCUGCGGCACGGCUACAGUACACAUGUAUUCGACUGCAUGCCUUUGUAGUUUUUGUUCAAGCAUGUAGUGAUAAUGAUGAUUUGGUCACCUUUUUUGACACCGAACCUGAGUUCAUCAACGAAAUGGUCACCCUGUUGAGCUAUGAAGAUUCAGCUCCUGCAGAAGUUCGAAUUCUUUGCCUGCAUUCGUUGGUUGCUGUUUGUCAGGAUCGCUCACGCCAGCUAACAGUGUUGUCUGUAGUAACAUCUGGUGGGCACCGUGGCAUCGUAUCCUGCCUCAUUCAGAAGGCUAUUGAUGCUGUACUUAGUAAACCAUCCAAGUGGUUUGUUGUCUUUGCUGGCAUUUUAGUUGUAAGUCGCCAAAUCCCCAUAUCGCAAUUUCAACACUUGUAUAAUAUAAAGAGUUUGCCGGACCAAGAUUUCAGAUAGAUUUUUUGCUUUCACCUCUUGAUAUUUGCACAUUUAA